AUGGCAGCGAAGAAUGGAGAUCCUCGAUUGGGAUCGCUGGUGAAGCCAUACCCAGAAACAGCAGUGGAGGCAGGCGGCAUAGCCCUCAUUGGGUUCCCCUUUGAUGAAGGCUGUGUGCGAAAUGGGGGCAGGGCCGGUGCAAAGCUCGGACCUGAGUAUUUCCGCAAGUUCUUGAAGGGUAUGGGCACGCUCAAGAACCCCGAAUUCGACAUUGACCUCAGCUCACUGCACGUUUACGACUGCGGCAACAUCUCCGCAUCAUCUUUGGAAGAAGGGCAUCAACAGUUGGAGGAUGUGGUGAGUGAUGCGCUGGGGAAGAGCUUGCUUCCUUUUGUGGUUGGUGGCGGCAACGACCAAUCCGCACCGAAUGGUAGAGCGUUGCUGAGGCACACUCCGAUCGAGAAGGUAUCUGUCAUCAACAUUGAUGCCCAUUUGGAUGUCCGGCCUCGAGAGGAGGGCAAAGUGCACAGCGGCACACCUUUUCGAGAGUUGCUGGAAGGGGGCCUGGAGGGGACGCACUUCUGUGAAUUUGCAGUGCAAGGCAACCAGUGCAGUGCGGACCAUGCCGAUUUCGUCAAGGAGAAGAAGGGCUCCUUGUUGUGGUACUCCAAGAUCUCAGACAACCCUUUGCGCCAUUUCCAGAAUUGGUUGGAUGAGCAAGGGACCAAUGACAUUUUCGUGUCGUUUGAUAUCGACGCCAUUCGGUCUGCGGAUUGCCCUGGCGUGAGCUGUCCCGCCAACUAUGGCCUCUCCGCACAGGAUGCACUGCACAUCUCCAGGGCGGCAGGGCGACAUCCGCAAGUCAAACUCUUUGACAUGAGCGAACUGAACCCAGCUAUUGAAGAUUAUCGCUCCCCUCGGCUGGCCGUGCUGAUCUUCUACUACUUCUUGCUGGGAUACAGUGAGAGGCUGGCCAAGAAGUAG